CUAUCUAUCAGAUUUUUUAAAUCUUUAUUUAUUUAUUGAGGGUUUUUAAAACAAAUGCCACCCUCAUAGUGGCUCGCUAACAAAACUAAACCAGUUUAACUUUCACUAUUUCUACGUGCAAUGGAAGGUAGAGGCAUCUACCUUCCAUACUACGUGCUAUGAUGCCCAUGAACAUAUCAUAAAGGAUGCUAGUAUGCUAUUGAUUCUGCCGAGGUCAUAGGAGAUGACAUUAAGCAAACGACGCUGUGCGGAUCUAUUAGAUUUGUAAACGAUGUGCUGGUUUUUGGUGAAACGGAAAUUACUCUUUCUCGGGCCCGAAAUCGAGUCUGAUAUCAGGCCUGAUAUUAACCAACUUAGCUUGAUCUGACUCUAUUAGCUUGAACGUACCCAUGCAAAAUUUAGUGGUAGCAACACUGAAACACUAUACGUCAACUAUCAGUGUAUUAACCGACCAAAUUAGAAAUACCUCAACUAUUGAGAAAAAUAAAUGUUUUAUCUCUCUUGCGCUCAUACUAACACUUAUGGAAAACGUCAAUACAUUUUCUCACUAACAGUUUCAUCACUCUUUGCAAAGUUAUAUAUGAAACGUUGUUAAUGUUAAUACUGCUAGCGUACCUCGUACUUUAAAGUUGUAUAAUUAUUGCAAUAAUAUGCUUGCAUUUAUGCAAUGAGAUUGUUUUACUAAACUCAGAAGGCGCAAACACAGCCAAAAUGCCUAAAUUUAAUCAAAACCCAAACUUAACCGCACAAAACCAGCUUAUACAAUGGAUAAACGACGCUGGCAUGUCGGAUGGCAAGAAGAAAACGGAUCUCUUAAGGAAGAUUUUAGAGGUUCUGAUACACCAGCUACCUCAAAUGAUUCCCGUGUACAUGGAAAAUAUUCUAAGCUACAUCAAUGACAAAAACACUGAAGUAAAAAAGCAAGUUGUAACUUUCAUAGAAGAAGUAAGUAAGAUCCAACCUGAACACCUGCCCUCCAUAGUAGGGAAGCUACGAAUAUCAAUCAUAGACACAGUGAUUGCGGUGCAGAAGCGAGCCAUCCAGGCGGCCAGUAUUGUGUACCGGAACUCUCUGCUGUGGCUCUGUGAGAGUGAUGCGCCAUACACUGAUAAGGAGCACGUGUGGGAGCAGCUUUCUGCUCUCAAGCUCCUAGUCCUAAACAUGAUAGACAGCGACAAUGAGGGUAUCCGUACUCACUCCAUCAAGUUCCUAGAAGAGGUGGUUCUGCUGCAAACGGCUGGAGAGCCGGCCGAAGGAGAGUUCAGUCUAGACAGACUGCCAGACAGCCUGACUUUUAUCAAAAGGAGAGCUUUGGAAGAGGAGUCUGAGCAUAUCUUCACACUGUUGUUAAAGUUCCACAACUCCCAACACAUCUCUAGCGUCAACCUAAUGGCUUGCAUGACGACUCUGUGUCUCAUAUCCAAGUUCCGACCGAAAUACAUGCCUCGGGUCGUACAAGCUCUCGGGGACCUGCACACAACGCUACCACCGACCCUGUCCCAGUCGCAAGUCAACUCUGUUAGGAAACAUCUGAAGAUGCUGCUAGUGAAUCUAAUAAAACAUCCAUCGUCAAAUGAUAUGUUACCUCAAUUAACCCAGCUUUUAAUAGACAUCGGAAUGACCCAGCAAGAGAUUAAUAAAGCGGUUCCUAAAGAGAGAAGGAACAAGCGUUUGGGAGAAAUUAAAACCGCGGACAUCCCCACCAAGAGAAUAAGAAUCGAUUCGCCUCAAAGCAACAGUCAAGGCAGCGACAGCAACAGCCGAAGCGAUUUCAAUUAUGACGAUGACAGCCAAACUAGUUUAUCUAAACAACCACCCGUCACUGAAGAUACGCUUUUCGAAGGGCUUGAUAAUGCAGAGAAUGUAGUCAAACUUGUGACAGCUACGCUACUUAAUAAUCUACCAAGUGAAAUGCCUAGCAGUUUUGUAACUUUGUACAAGCCCAUACCAAAUGCAGGCAGCAAAGUUCAGAAGAGAUCUCUCGCUAAAUUGAUACAUAGUCUCAUCAAGGACGAAUCUGCACCUGCACCCGUCCCCGUCCCGGCGCCCGUACCACCUGUCUCUGAAACCAUUAAAAUCCCGUUAUUAAGAGAUGAUGAGGAAAAGAUCACACUCAAGCAAGCAGUUGCCAAACUGCAACAGUCUACCAAUGCUGACAGAGAAGCAGAGAAAAUCAUGGAAGAAACUAGGCAAGAUUUCCUCAAAGAAGAAGAACGGAAAAAUAAGGAAAAAGAAAAGGCGAUUCCUCCGCAGACUCCCACAGUUCCUAAGUUAAAACAGAAGGUGAAGUUACUUAAACUGCAAGAGAUCACUCGGCCGAUACCAAAGGAAAUAAAGGAGAGAUUAAUUCUACAAGCGGUAACUAGGAUUCUUAACGCAGAGAAGGAAGCCGCGAUAGGCGGAGCGUCGACUAUACGCGGAAAGUUAAUCACCAUCUUUGCUUCAAGCUACACUCCAGAAAUACGCGAUCUAGUGCUCAAUUACAUCCUUGAGGACCCAGCCAACCGCAUCGACUUAGCUCUGUCAUGGUUGUACGAGGAAUACGCUUUCAUGCAAGGUUUUAGCCGGCACCCUGUGACUUUACAGCCGAAGAUGCAUGAGAAACAUGAUCAGAAUUACAAUCAGUUGCUGUGUGCGUUGAUAACGCAGGUUUGUGAACGCGUGGAGCCAGUAGUUGAAGGCGCGAAGGAUAUGUUGCUGAGGAAGAUAUACUUGGAAGCCCCGCUGGUGACGGAGGAGUCGGUGGACUACUUGAAGCACCUGGUAGUGGAGAAUAACAUGCCCGUGCUGGCGCUGGAGAUCUUGGAGGAGCUGUGUUUGUAUAGAGCGCCCUGGGCGCAUAAGUACGUGGCUGCACUCGUCUGUAAUGUCAUGAGUCAAAACGAAGAAAUCCGUGACCUGGCACUCAAUGCUACCCUCAAAAUCUACGCCAGCAGCACGGAAGCGGUUAAAAAAGUGGUCGAAAAACACGCGCGUCUGUAUCUCGGGUUCAUCGCGAUGCCGAACCCGCCUAGCGAGUUCGCAGCCGACCAGGCCCGUCACGGCGUACGACCCACGUGGACCGACGAUCUGUACAAGACGUGCCUUAACUUAGCUAUGGCGCUGUUUAUGGAUAAUGAGGAGCUGAUGAUAGAGGUGGGCCGCGUGUACGGCGGCGCGCCGGCGGAGGGCAAGCGCGCCGCGCUGCGCGCCGCCGAGGCGCCCGCGCGCGCCGCCGCCGCCGCGGGCCGGCGCCGGGCCUUCCUCGCGCUGCUGGACGACUGCCCGCGCGGCGCCGACACGCUGCUGACCAGGCUGCUGCAUAUCUUCACUGAGAAGUGCCCGCCCACACAGGAACUGGUAUCGCGCGUGCGUGCGCUGUACGCCACGCGCGUUUCCGACGUGCGUUUCCUCAUACCCGUGCUCAACGGGCUCUCCAAGAAGGAGAUUAUAGCUGCGUUGCCAAAGUUAAUAAAGCUGAACCCGAUGGUUGUGAAAGAGGUGUUUAACAAGUUGCUCGGACUGCAGAACCCUAACGAGGAAGUUUUACCAGUUUCACCGGCGGAGUUGCUGAUAGCACUACACCUGAUCGACCCCGGCGUGGUGGACCUCAAAUACAUCAUCAAAGCUACCGCGCUGUGCUUCGCGGAGAAGCAAGUUUUCACACAGGAGGUGCUGGCAAUAGUGCUGCAGCAACUAAUCGAAGAGACAGACAUACCGGUGCUGCUCAUGCGGACAGUGCUGCAAGCGCUUACACUGCACCCGUCGCUGCAGCCGCUCGUGCUCAACAUACUGCAACUGCUGAUUGAGAAGGAGGUGUGGAACAACAAAGUAGCGUGGGAAGGCUGGGUGAAGUGUUGCGAGCGCACGCUGCCGGGCUCGGCCGCCGUGCUGCUGGCGCUGCCGCCGCAGCCGGCGGCGCUGGCCGCGCAGGUGCCCGGCCUGCGGGCCGUGCUGCAGGAACAUCAGUACCCGCCAGUGCCUCCACCAGGAAAUCCUCACGGAAACCCUCUAGGAAACCCGCUGGGAAAUCCCCUGGAACCACUCCCCCCCGGGAUGGAAUGACCCCGCCCCUCGACUAGCGACACACUAUAAGUGAAACGUGUAUAAAUGCUCAAAAGUCUAUACAUAUUACCAUAUGGGAUUUCAUUGGAAAAUUCGACAGCUAAACAAUAUUAAUAAUUAUAGCCCUUAUUUUAAGCCCGGGAAGUCACCACACUUCCCUGAGAAAAACGGGGCCAUUAAUUUCUUAAAAGGACCAUUGGGGUAUAGGGUGAACUCUGCUCGCCAUGCUAAUUUUCAGAUGAGCUGUCCUGGGACAGUGAUGAGCACUCUGGCGUAAAAUAUACCUAAUAUGGAAAGGUGCAGGCGCCGUGAUACAGGGCGGUUUCAAACUAGCGUAUUUAUUCUGCGCGUAUACGGUAUGUCGUUUCGGCGUUACGAGCUUACACGCGCGUUACUUUUCCCUACAUUUGAUCUAAACGCGCGUACGCUCGUAUAAAACGCUAGUCUAAUACCGCCCUAAGAGUAAAAGUUUGUAUCUUACACAGAUAAAUGUAGUCACAACUUACACAGACAAUUUUUUUUUUCAGAAUUGGUCAUUUUAAGUUGUCCCGAGUUGUAUCUAAGUUAUAUCUAAAUAUAGCAUUCCUAUAAAGUAUGACCUGCGUAAUUUGUGGGUGACCCCCGGGCCCGUUUAUAAUAUAAACUGCUGCCGUUAAUCAUACAGUCCAGCCGGGCUAGCACAUGAUUGGUGCGACAGAAUCUCGCGGCGAGAUAGACUAGGGACACCCGUCCCUCUUUAAUUAACAUAGUAGAAAAAGACGGGUAAUCUAGAUAGACGAGAUCGUCGCGAGAUACUGUCGCGCCAAUCAUGUGCUUGUGGCCUACUGACAAACUUAUUAUAGUUAAAAUCCGUUAUUAUUCGUUUGUUUACAUCAAUCAUUUUGUCAUUAUGUUUGUCAGAAUAAGACACCUAUUUUACUAAAUAUUCAUUUUCAGUUUGAUGAAUAAGAGGGAAAGUGAAUAUGAGCCGACAGACUUGUUUUAAGGUUUGAUUUAGCACAUCAGCAUUACACUGUAGUUUUCUUCGUUAAAAGUUACAUCUAUGGGUACAUUAUACCUUUUCAAAAGAUGUAGCGGAUCUUUAAAAUAAACCACAGUAACAUAUUGGCGUUUAUAUUUGACAAAAACAUUCGUUCCUCGGACAUACUCGCAGAGUUGGGCACAAUUAAUCCGUUAAUGCGUAACUAAAAUUGCGUUUUUUAUAUUGUUGCGAUAGUGAUCUACUUACAUUAAUUGUUAGUUUGAAUUUUGUAAGUUAACAGGUUAUAAAAAACAAACCCGGCCAAGAACGUGUCGGGCCACGCUCAGUGUAGGGUUCCGUAUAUGCCCGUCCGUUACAACUUACAACACAACAUCAUGUAAAGCCCAUGACGCCUUUCAAUUAUCUCCCCGUAUUGUGACAGAGACGGGCAAAUACGUACCCUACACUUUUUUUACGCAAGUAUCGUAACGUAAAAAAUGCAAUUUUAGUUACGCGUUAACGGAUUAACGGUGCCAGCGGAUUAGCUUGGUCGCAGUCUAGCGAUAUUGUAAUCUAACCUCGUAAGGCGGCCAUACAAAAUUUUCAUAUUUUUAAUUUGAACGGAAACUAGAGCGUGCGGGCGUUCAAGACUCCGUUUGCCUCAGCAUUGCUCCGAGCAAUUAUUAGGGUUGGCAAAACUUGACGUUCCUUUGCGUGCACAACCACAGAUAAGAUAUUUAUAUGAAUUUUGCCAGGUUUACCAUUGAAUUGCAAUAUUAUUUAAAAGACGUUUCAAGUUUUUUCAUUUCAUCGACAAGUCAUUGCGUCGAGGAAUCGAUACUAGGUAAUUUGAACGGAGGUCUUUUAAUUGGUAGUUGGCUUAUUUCAAUAAAAUUCAUGUCACGGCUUUUCAUUUCAGGUUUUUUUUAAUUCAUUUUUUUUUUCAUGUAAUGUGUGGCUUUUCUGGUCACAGUUCGUUUUCUUGGGGGUCGCAAUUCUAACCUAACCCACUUUUGGCAACAGUUCGUUUUCUUGGGGGGUCGCAGUUCUAACCUAACCCACUUCUGGCAACAGUUCGUUUUCUUGGGGGUCGCAGUUCUAACCUAACCCACUUCUGGCAACAGUUCGUUUUCUUGGGGGUCGCAGUUUUAACCUAACCUAACCCACUUCUGGCAACAGUUCGUUUUCUUGGGGGUCGCAGUUUUAACCUAACCUAACCACUUCUGGCAACAGUUUUUUUCUUGGGGGACGCAGUUCUAACAUAACCUAACCCACUUCUGGCAACAGUUCGUUUUCUUUGGGGUCGUAGUUCUAACCUAACCUAACCCACUUCUGGCAACGUCGAAGAAAUGAAUUCCAAUGUUUUGUAAUUUUGCUAAUUAUGAUAAUUUGAAACAAUAAGUAAUAUUCGUUAAAUACUAUUUCUACGUAGUAAGAUAAAUUUUAAUAAAUAGUAGUUGGAAUAAAAUAACGCCAAACAAUAUUACUAGUACUAAAGUUUCGAUGAAUCGUUGUCGAUGAAAAGGUUGUCGACAAAACAAGGGUACACCAUUUUGACAACCCUAAAUAGCCGAAAGGGAUUGUUCCAUACAUUAGAAAGGGACAACAUGAUUCGGCCCUGAAUCGCUGUCAAACCUCGGUUUUGUAGGAAGUUUCCUUCUGUACGGUGGUACUAUUAUUUAUUGUGUGGUUGUAUAGUACAUUGGGAUGAAUUUCUUCGUUUGAGAAAGCACUAAAGCACUUCUUUAUUUGGUUUAUGAAAUGUUCUUUAGAUUGAAAUGGAGUGUACAUUGUAAUGCACAUUGGGUCUUACGAGAUAAAUCGGUCCGAGAUGUUUAACGGUUUUCAAUUUUAAACUUGACCAAACCUGUUUUCUCGUGACCCUUGUUAAAUGUUUCACUAAUGGAUUUGUAUGUUUUUCAACAAACUUAAUUGAAAUAAAUAAUUGUUUGUAAAUAUUUAUAAAUAAAAAGUAUUUUGAAA